AUGAUGUCCAAGGAGGACGAGGAAGCUUUCGAAGCCGGAUUAAGUAAGGUGGAUGAAGUGAUGAGAAUUCUCGGUCUAAUGACGAGUGGUGAUAAGACCAAGGAACAGAUGGGUGUCGCAUUUGCCGAUCAAUUUCUUGGCACCGACAGUGCCACCAAACAGAAAGAGGAAACGAAUGUGGAAAAUUUUAUCGUGCGUGUGAACCAGGAGCGAACGGUCAUCAACCGGAAGGCCGUGAUGGCCACAGAUGACCCACCCCUCGAGCAGCCGAUGCAGGAUAAGUAUGCGUUUAUGGCCGAAAUCGAGCGAGAUGCGGCACGUCGGGCAUCGGAACGGAAAGAGCGGGAGCAGGUUGCACAAGGAUUGCGACGCUCCGGCAAUCGUGCGUUCCGGCGAGCCGAAUACGAAAAGGCAAUCAACAUGUACUCGAAAGCGAUCGAUCAGAUCCGCGACAGUCCAAUCUUGUACAACAACCGUGCGCUAGCCUACAUCCGGCUCGAGCUAUACAAGCGUGCGAUCAUUGAUUGUGAUUUCGUGAUUAGCAAGCUGGACGAGAAAAACUUGCGCUCGUGGAUAUUCCGUGCGCAGGGCUACUACCGUCUCGGGGAGACGAAAGCGUACGAGAAAAGUGUGGCCGAAGCGCGGAAACACAAUCCACGAGAGCUAAGCUACAUCGAUCGGAUCGUGCGCGAAAUCGAAGGAAAGGCCGCAGUACCCGCAGCGACGAUGAACGAGGAUCAGGAAGGAGUCACGUCACUAGAUAGCGACCUGGAUCCCUCCGCCGUUGCCCUGGCUAGCGGAGGAGAUCAUCGUUUUGCGAAACCGCUCCCGAUGGAUGACGUACAGUCGACAUCAUCGGGUGAUAAUUCGGAGACAUAA